CGAAAACAAACAUGGGGUGUGGAACUUCGAAGGAUAGUGGGAAUGUGGAACAUGCGGUUGAGAGACAGGAGGGGAAGAAGGAAGAGGAAGUAAAAGGUGGCUGCAAGGAGCACAAGACUUUUCACUUGAUUCAUUUCAACGAUGUUUACAAUAUUAAUGAAAAAGACACAGAGCCAGUUGGGGGAGCAGCCAGGUUCAUCACAGCAGUGGAGAAAUACAAGGAUUUAAACCCUCUAGUUCUCUUUAGUGGUGAUAUAUUUGCUCCUUCCAAACUUUCACAGACCAUGAAAGGAAAGCAAAUGAUUCCUUUCCUCGAUAAAGUUGGAAUAGAUGUCACAUGUGUUGGAAAUCAUGACUUCGACUUUGGAGUUUAUGAAUUUACUCUUUUGAAGGAUAAAACUAAUUUCCCAUGGUUACUCUCGAACGUAUGGGAUUCCAAGACCAAGAAGAUAUUUGGUGACUGCACAGAUCACCAUAUCAUGGAACAUCAGGGAUUCAAGAUAGGAUUCAUCGGUCUCGCUGAAUUAGAGUGGCUAGGAGUGUGCCCUUAUAUUGAGGAGGAAGAUUACGAUUAUGAGGACUUCGUCAAGUGAGCAAGAAGGUGGUGAGAAGACCUCAAAUCUCAAGGCUGUGAUUUAAUUAUCGCUCUUACACACAUGAGAGUCAAAAAUGAUAAACAUCUCGCAGAUCAAGUACCAGAGUUGGAUAUGAUACUUGGAGGGCAUGAUCAUUUCGAAGCUGACUUCAACAUUCAUAAUACCCUAGUCUUGAAGAGUGGAACUGAUUUUAGACAGUUCUCGUUGAUUAAUGUAGAAAUGAAUUGACCAGAGGAGAGACUUCAAGAAGAAAAAUCUGCUUUAGUAGUUGACCAUGACAAGAAAAGAAUUAUUGGAUGGGAAAGAGUCGAGAUCACCAAACAAUUUGACCCUAAUCCUGAGAUGCAGGAGAUAGUUGAUGGAUAUUGGAAAGAAGUAGCACUUGAAUUAGAAAAGAUAGCUGGUAACACAGGAGUAGAUCUUGAUGCUAGAUUUUCAGAAAUUAGAACCAAAGAAACUAACAUUUCAAAUUUAGUUGCCGAUGCUAUGAGACUUAUGCUCGAUACGGAUGUAUGACUUAUUAAUUCAGGUUCUCUCAGAAUAGACGAUAUUAUUGAGAAGGGAAUAUUAAGAUGGAAGCAUGUAGACACUCUCUUCCCAAUGCAGGACGAUACCGUUAUAAUUAGAAUUAAGGGGGAAGAUUUACUUGAAGCAUUUGAAAAUAGUGUGUCAGCUCUACCAAAAAUGGAUGGAUGAUUUCCUUGCAUCAGUGGAGCAAAAAUAAAAUUUGAUUCCUCCAAGCCUGCUUUUGAAAGAAUCCUUGAAGCGAGUAUCAACGGGCAGCCAAUCCAAGACAAUGAGUUAUACACAAUGGCAACUAAAGAAUACCUCUAUGAUGGAAAAGAUGGAUUCAAAUCUUUAGUAAAUGCUGAGAUGAUAGCUGAUGGAGAAGACUGUCCAACUUUGGACACUCUAUUUAUCAACUUCUUUCAAUUAAUGACUAAAAGAAAUUCUAAAUGGUUCUCAACCAAGAAGAAAAGAGUGGAGAGAGGCUUAGAAAUCAUUCACAAUGAGGAUCGCCAUUUAUUAACAGAAGAUGAAGAAGGAAAUCCAACGGAUCAAAAAUAUUUCACAAUCUAUCCGAAGGUAGAUGGGAGAUUGGUAAAUGUGGCGGAAGAGUAAUUCUAUAUAAAUUCCUUAACAA